AUGUCCUCGACAACAACCAGGCUAUUAGCCUGCAAGGCGGCUGCCUUGUCAGCCACGAUGCUGACGAGGCGCAAGUCGUCGCUACCGUCCGAUGGAAAGGCCGAAGGUGCUGGUGGCCAGAAGAAGCGACGAGGCGAGUCCGUGGUGGCCCUGACGGAGAUCAUCAACCUGGAGCCGAGCGCCAUGAACAAGAAGCCGUCAGAGAUUCUUCAAAACGACGUGCUGAAGGAACUCGUCCGCUUGGCCUGCCUACUGUCGAUGAUCUCCGUCUGCUUACAUACUCCAGAAACCAUUCAACUCUGGCCUCCUCUCAACUAUGCAAUCUUUGUCAACGACUGCAUCGUUACUCUGGUUUUUAUCGUCGAAGCAGCCAUCAACGUUCACCACGUUGGCCUAUGGCAGCACGAUUCCUCUUAUCUACGAGCAAAAUGGUCCCAGUUCGACUUCUUCAUGCUUCUAAUGCAUGUUCUCUCUUGUGCCUUACAUGCUUAUGAACUCUUCACCAUUCUUGUGCCAUCACUUGGACUAGUGUAUCGACCAUGGUUCGGCGUGAUUCGUUCGCCUCGACCAUUCAUCAUGUUGCGGUUCAUUCGGUCGUUAGUCAGAUUCAAAUUGCCGAAAAAUCGAAUCAAGCAAAUCAUCAAACGAUCUUCGCAACAAAUUCAGAACGUCACAAUCUUCUUCAUGUUUUUCAUGGCGCUCUACGCUAUCAUGGGAGUUCAGCUGUUUGGACGAAUGGAUUACCACUGUGUGCUUAGCGGAACGGAUCCUCGAAAUGUCACCAUUGCCGACUUGGCCAUUCCCGACACGAUGUGCUCGCAAAAAGGCGAAGGAGGUUAUGAAUGCCCAGACAACAUGGUGUGCAUGAAAUUGGAUAUGUCAGCGCAUGUCGAGGGAUUCUAUGGGAUGUUUAAUGACUUUGCAUCCUCCCUAUUCACAGUCUACCUGGCAGCCAGCCAAGAGGGUUGGGUAUACGUCCUAUACGACUGUUUGGACACGCUACCCUCAUACGUCGCAUUCUUCUACUUUGUCACCCUCAUUUUCUUUCUCGCAUGGCUUGUCAAAAACGUUUUCAUUGCUGUGAUUACGGAGACUUUCGCAGAAAUUCGCGUACAAUUCAGCGAAAUGUGGCAAAGCAACAGCUCAGCUAGCGAGGACACUUAUACUCAAAGACUAGAGCGGUUUGAAGGAGGUUGGCGAUUGGUAGAGGUGGACCACUACAACAGGGGCACCAACAGUCCACAGUUCUUGCACUUGCUCGUAAAUAGUACUGUUUUCCAAAUUACUAUGAUGGUUCUGGUUCUACUCAAUGCUUUGAUCAAUGCUUCAUUCGUAUACCGACAUGAUUAUUCGGAUGUGAUCAGAAAGCAAAUUUACUACUACGUAGAGAUCUGCUUCACUAUCAUUUUCAAUAUCGAAGCACUGAUCAAAGUGAUUGGGUUUGGAUGGAAAGGCUAUCUGCGACGCGGUCAGCACAAAUUUGAGUUGAUACUUUGCGUUGGCUCAACUCUCAAUCUUAUUCGACCACUCUACAACAUGAACAUUUUUACAUAUUUCCAAGUUUUUCGCCUUGUUCGCCUUAUCAAAGCCUCACCGAUGCUCGAAGAUUUUGUCUAUAAGAUUUUCGGUCCUGGGAAGAAAUUAGGUGGUUUGGUCGUGUUCACUAUGGUGCUUUUGUUCAUUACCUCUGCCAUAUCGUUACAAUUAUUCUGCUAUGUGCCAAAGCUAAAGAAAUUCACUACUUUUCCAAUGGCAUUUAUGUCCAUGUUCCAAAUUAUCACACAAGAGGGUUGGACUGACGUUGUGGUAGAAAUUUUGCGAGCUACAAACGAGUCUAUGGUUCCAUUUGUGGCUAUUUAUUUCGUCGGGUAUCAUUUGCUGGUCACAUUGAUUGUAUUAAGUCUGUUUGUUGCUGUCAUUUUGGAUAAUUUGGAAAUGGACGAAGAGUUGAAAAAGGUGAAGCAGCUGAAAGCUAGGGAACAAAACACCAUCAAAACCACCCUUCCAUGGCGCCUUCGAGUUUUCGACAAAUUUCCGACAAGGCCUCAAAUGAUUUCAUUGAAGAAGAUGACAUCCGAAUUUCCUCUUCCAAAGAUUCGCGACUCCUUUACAAGGCAAUUCGCUGACGAAGCUGAUCGCAGCAACUCGGAAAACAGCGAAGCUGCUCAGUCUAUCGGUCGUUCGAUUUUGAGAAGAGGAGCGCAAAUUCGUGCCCAAACAAGGAUACGAAUGCGACACAUCGGACACAACUCCAGCCGACAUAUCUUAUCCGCUUUGCUCGAAGAAUCUAACCGUCAUCGAGCUCUUUAUUCUGAUUCUCAAUAUAUUCCUAGUCUUGGAAGAGGUAACUUGAAAAAUUCGAAAGGAACAAUCGGGCCUCGAAAUCGAGGCUUCCAGUCUUUGAAAGGUAAAAAUCACAUUGAAGGAUUGAAGGAGAAUGGUGACGUUCGUCCAUCAGACUCUGCUCCUAAAAAGGAGCCAAAACAAGGAGAGAUUGACAUUAAGGCAUUGCAACAAAAACGAGCCCAUGCAGAAAUUACUAGAAAUCGUAUCGAGGAAGAAAUGCGAGAAAAUCACCCAUUCUUCGAUAGACCUCUUUUCACUGUGGGAAGGGACUCUCGUUUGAGAGUCCUAUGUCAGAAUAUUGUUUAUGCACAAUAUUCCCCAGAAAGGAUAGAUCCCGUGACUGGCAAGCAGAUCAUACUGAAGUAUAAACAGCUUCAUGACUUCAUAGGUCUCAUGACAUAUUUGGACUGGGCUAUGGUGCUAGUCACAUCGCUCUCUUGUUGGUCGAUGCUUUUUGAAAGCCCAUGGCCGACCACUGGCGAGAACCUAAUUUUUAACAACCCAUACCUGCAGAUAACGGAGUAUCUCUACGUUGUAUCAAUGACGUUCGAGUUGAUGGUAAAAGUUAUAGCGAAUGGAUUAUUUUUCACACCCAAGGCUGUGGUGAAGGAUGUUGGGGACAUAAUGACCUUCUUCAUCUAUUUUACAAGCCUCAUUUACCUUCUCUGGAUGCCAUCCCACGUCGAAAUCAACUCCUGGGCUCAACUGCUGAUGAUCAUGAGAGCAUUACGACCUCUGAGAAUAUAUGCGCUCGUCCCACACAUCCGGAGAGUUGUUGUCGAGCUGUGCCGCGGAUUCAAGGAGAUUCUUCUGGUUACAAUUUUGCUAAUCGUGUUAAUGUUCAUGUUCGCUAGCUUUGGUGUACAAAUUGUUGGUGGGAAAUUGGCUGCAUGCAACGAUCCGACAGUUACGGAAAGGAAAAACUGCACUGGUGUCUUUGAACAGAAAAUCUUUGUCACAAGAAUGGAAGUUUAUGGCAAGAACGAUGACAAUCUCCAUCCGAAAAUUCUCGUACCCCGCGUAUGGACCAAUCCCCGUAACUUCAAUUUUGAUCAUAUCGGCAAUGCUAUGCUAGCUCUGUUCGAGACUCUUUCUUACAAGGGCUGGAACGUCAUAAGAGACAUUCUCUAUUUGCGACAGGGACCGUGGGCCGUACUUUUCAUUCACAUCUACGUAUUCAUCGGAUGUAUGAUUGGUCUCACACUUUUUGUGGGUGUAGUGGUUGCGAACUAUACUGAGAACAGGGGCACCGCCUUACUCACUGUUGAUCAGCGUCGAUGGCAUGAUUUGAAGGCAAGAUUGAAAAUGGCUCAGCCACUGCAUGUACCACCGAAACCACCCGAAAGUGCUAAACUGCGGAGUUACCUAUACGAGUUAACAUUAAGCAGAGGUUUCAAGCAGUUCUUCGCCAUACUGGUCGUGGUAAACUCCUUCACGCUUGUGGUGCCUUGGAAUGUCGAGGAAGAGAAGCAGCGAAGGAAUGUUCUAUUCGGUCUCACUAUCCUGUCCGCUUUUUGUAAUGUACUCUUUACAAUCGAAAUUAUCUUGAAAGCUGUCGCGUUUACCGUUCGCGGUUUUUGGCAAUCGCGACGGAAUCGUGGCGAUUUUCUCAUCACUAUUUUAGGCCUAACCUGGAUAGUUUUUCAUUUUCUAUUCCAAGUGCCUGCGUACAUUGCCGGAGGAAUAAACGAGUGGAAGAGGCUAACUUACACCUUCGGGUAUAUGGUCGUAAUUCUACGAUUUUUCACCAUAGCCGGGCGAAAGUCUACACUAAAAAUGCUUAUGCUGACUGUGCUGAUGUCUAUGGUUCGAUCAUUAUUCAUUAUCGCUGCAAUGUUUCUUCUGGUACUAUUCUACGCCUAUACCGGCGUGAUACUGUUUGGUAUGGUUAAGUAUGGUCAAGCUGUCAGCAAACAUGUAAACUUUCGCAACGGCCGUGAAGCGCUCGUCGUACUCUUCCGUUCGGUAACCGGAGAAGAUUGGAAUGACAUCAUGCACGACUGCAUGCGUUCCCCACCAUUUUGCUAUUGGGCCGAAGGUUUGAACUAUUGGGAGACCGAUUGCGGGAACUACUUUGGUGCUAUACUCUAUUUCUGCUCAUUCUAUUUGAUCAUUACUUACAUUGUUCUCAAUCUACUAGUAGAAAUUCAAGUAUGGAACAUCGUGGAUGCGGAACAAAAGCGUUCGAUUCCCACUCGCCGGGUAAAGUUCCUUCUUCGCUUGCUUCGUGGAAGGCUUGAAGUCGAUCCGAACAAAGAUCGGCUCCUCUUCAAGCAUAUGUGCUACGAGAUGGAACGGUUACAUAACGGCGAGGAUGUGUCAUUCCAUGACGUGCUGAAUAUGCUCUCCUAUCGAAGCGUAGACAUCCGCAAGAGUCUACAACUAGAAGAAUUACUGCAGAGGGAAGAGCUAGAGUACAUGAUCGAGGAAGAAGUGGCAAAGCAGACAAUUCGUGCAUGGUUGGAGCAAUGUCUUCGACGGAUCAAACAAAAGCAGAGUGUGAUGAUGACACAGCCUGAAGGCGCCCUACCAUCAGCACUAGCUCUUCAUCGUCUCAGCUGUCUCAUCCCAUCUGUUCCCCAUAUUCCUUCACAGUACAACCUUCAGGCGACUCCACCAGCGGCGACUCAGAACUUCGAGUCAUUCGAGUCUCGAGAGAGCAUUGACGAGGAUAAUGGAAGCCGAAAAAAGCCAAGGGCACGCCGGAAUUCUAUUCCUGAACUCGUGGGAGAAGCCAAAAAGUUCAUGUUUGGUAGUCUGGCAAAGCGUCUAGAAAAGGCUGCAGAGUCGAAAGGGGCCUUGAAAGAUCGACGAGGGACUCUGAAAAAUUUGCAGAUGCCAACUUAUGAACUGCCUGACUUGGAGGAAAAUCUGGAUGAAGCCAGCGAUUCACCGCAAGAACGAAGACAUUCCGUAGAUACACCAAUGACAAAUAAUCCCGCCACUGACGUGAUGGCUCUGCAUACGACGUCGCCUUCAAUGGAGUUUCACAACUUUGAACCAACUCCAGACUUACAUCAAUGGUGGACGGAUCUCUUCGAAUAA